GGACACUCGAGCCAAUAAGAUUACAAUAAGAUCCAUCUGUUUCACCAAACUCAGCCUAUUUUAACAGCGUUGUGUAUAAGAAGUUUUCUUAAAGCCGCCAAUUAGAAGGUUAUAAGAAUUCCAAGUCAACGGUAAACAGCUUUACCAAAAUAUGACGCACUUGCCGCCAACCUCCGUCCAUCUAUAUAACAGCUUUGUCAAAACUCUGUUUGUGGGAAGUUCUCUUAGAGCCGUCAUGGAAAGAACUCAAGAACUCUAUGUCAAUGAUGAUCAGAACAUAGAAGCAAACCUAACAGGUCAGGAGGAAAUGAAUACCACCAUGAAAAUCGAAUCUUCGUCUGUUCCUCAAUCGAAGAAUUAUAAGAAAUGGCUUCGUAUUUUCAUUUAUGUGUUCUUUGUCCUUGCCUGCCAAGCACUUUCUACAAUUUUGGGCAGAGUGUACUAUGAAAAUGGUGGGAAGAGUACAUGGAUGGGAACACUUGUCCAACUAAUCGGCUUCCCUGUUCUGUUUCUCUUCCGCUUCUUUUCCCGAAUCAAAAAUUCCAAAUCAACAGAUGCAGAUUACAGAAAGUUCUCUUCCUACACCAUUCUUGGAUCAGUUUACAUUGUUACUGGACUGUUAGUGUCUGCUAAUUCUUAUAUGUCCUCUGUUGGUUUACUAUACUUACCUGUUUCUACUUUCUCCCUCAUCUUGGCCUCACAAUUGGCCUUCACUGCCUUCUUCUCAUAUUUCCUAAACUCGCAGAAGUUCACACCUUUCAUUGUGAAUUCUCUAUUCCUCCUCACUAUUUCCUCUGCCCUCCUCGUGGUAAACACUGAUUCGGAAACCACAGCAAAAGUUUCUAGAGUAAAAUAUGUGAUAGGGAUCAUAUGUACCAUUGGUGCUUCUGCUGGGAUUGGACUGCUGCUAUCUCUGGUACAACUGAUCCUCAGGAAGGUUUUAAAGAAGCAAACAUUCUCAACGGUUACGGACCUGGUCGCUUACCAAUCUCUAGUUGCAAGCUGUGUGGUUCUCAUAGGACUUUUCGCAAGCGGAGAGUGGAAAACUUUAACAAGUGAGAUGGAAAACUACCAACUGGGGAAAGCGCCAUACGUUCUGACUUUGGCCUCGAUAGCUAUUUCCUGGCAAGUCUACACCAUUGGUGUUGUGGGACUGAUCUUCGAGUCAUCUUCUGUGUUCUCCAAUUCCAUAACUGCUGUGGGAUUGCCUAUAGUUCCAGUUGUAGCAGUGAUUGUUUUCCAUGAUACAAUGAACGCGUCAAAGAUCUUCUCCAUCGUUUUAGCUAUCUGGGGCUUCAUUUCAUUUGUCUAUCAGCACUACCUCGAUGAGAAAAAGUUGAAGACUAGCCACACAAGUUCUGUAGGAGACCCUCAUCUACCUGUUGAGGAAGGUCACACAAACAUACAAAGUGUAUGAUCAAAGCAUAUAUCCAGUAUAAAGCCAAUGUAUCUUUGUACAGUUUGAGCAUAGAUAUAAAAACGUGUAACUCUAUUUUGCCAACUAGUCAGUUAAAAGUUACUGAUAAGUUUUGUACAUAAGAUACCAAUAAUUCAGAUUUUUUUGUACCUCUAUAUAGCCCAGAGAUAGCCAUAACUUUGUCAUCUUGCAAUGCAUUUGAAACAUCGAGAACAGAGAGGCAAAUAGGCUAAAGCAUCUUUGGGAAAACAGAGCUUUGAACAAAAAAGAAAAAACAAGGGAACAGAACAUAAUACCCACUUACUUGGAAGCCACUGACGUAACAAACAAACAAUGUAGUGACUUGAACAGUGACUUGCAACAAAACUCAUAAAAAUACCAAAAAACAGGAGCUUGGCCAUUCAAAAGUUUCAAGAAUUCCAAGUCAAGUGUAAGCAAAUAAGAAAAGUCAAUGGUCAACAUGAGACUACUAAAUUAUGAUACUGCAGUCAUCUAUCGCCUGCCCCAUCUAUAUAAUAAGAUUUACUAAAAGCAUGCCAUGUUUGAUAGUGCAACUUGUGUAGGGCAUUUAGCUUUUAUAAUAAACGAUCAAUCUGUGUAUAAAGAAAGGUCUCUUGUGUAUCUGCAA